AUGAAAAAUGUGGUCUUGUUUUCAUUCAUUCUUUUGUUUGUUCUUCUCAUCUUUUGUGCUAAUAGAACCAUCAAAAAUGAAGAAUCAUCAUUACAAUCACUAUAUCAUCAUGUCAAAGUUAAUAGUCAUUCAGGUUAUGAACAUAUUUGGCCAAAUAUAGAACUUGGAUGGGAAAUCAUUGUUGGUACUUUGAUUGGAAUCUUUGGAGCUUCAUUUGGAAGUGUUGGUGGAGUUGGUGGUGGUGGCAUCUUUGUGCCAAUGCUUAUAUUGAUUAUAGGAUUUGAUGCAAAAUCAGCUACUGCUAUCUCUAAAUGUAUGGUUACUGGUGCAGCAAUAUCAACAGUAUUCUUCAAUCUAAAACUAAGACAUCCAACACUUGAUAUACCAAUGAUUGAUUAUGAUUUGGUGCUUUUAAACCAACCAGUAAUAAUUCUUGGUAUUAGUAUUGGAGUUGCUUUAAGUGUAGUUUUUGCAGAUUGGAUGAUCACUGUUCUACUAAUUAUCAUCUUCAUAGUUACAUCAGUGAAGGCUUUCAUCAAGGGUCUUGACACAUGGAAAAAAGAAACUAUAGUUAAAGAGGAGUUUGUCAAGCAUUUAGAGUCAACUGCCACUAGUAGUGAAGAUGUUGAGUACAAGUAUCUUGCUAGUUGUCCAGAUGAUGAGCCUCAAAAGAAAAUUAAUCAAGGUACCAUUCUUAGCAAUAUUCAAUGGAAGAAAUUUGGACUUCUUUGUUUUGUUUGGAUUGCGGUCCUUCUCUUGCAGAUCGCCAAGAAUUAUACAGCUACAUGUUCAAUCACAUACUGGAUACUUACUUUGUUACAGAUACCAGUUACUGUAGGGGUUUCUAUGUACCAAGCAAUAGGUCUAUAUCAAGGGAAGAAGAUUACAGUUUCUAAGCAAGAUCAUGGCACACAUUGGCCUUUGCAUCUGCUAAUUGUAUCACUUUCAUGUGCUUUGCUAGCUGGAAUUUUGGGGGGACUUCUUGGUGUAGGUAGUGGAUUUGUGAUGGGUCCUUUGUUUAUCGAAUUCGGAAUUGCGCCUCAGGUAGCAAGUGCCACAGCUACAUUAGGAAUGACAUUCACAGCAUCUAUAUCAGUUGCACAAUAUUUUCUCUUGAAUCGUUUUCCAGUUCCUUAUGCUUUCUAUCUUAGCCUUGUGGCUACAAUUGCAGCAUACUUAGGACAGAAAGUCAUUGACAAGCUUGUGAAUAUCUUUCAAAGAGCUUCUUUGAUUAUAUUUGUCUUAUCCUUCACAGUUCUUGUUAGUGCAAUUGCACUAGGUGGAGUAGGAAUAUCACAUAUGAUUGAGAAGAUUCAGAGGAAUGAAUAUAUGGGAUUUGAAGAUCUUUGCUACUAG